GUUAAUCUGGUACCCCUGGGUGCCAUUGUUCAAGGGAUGUUCAUUUGAAUGUAAAUGGGUGACACUGUAAAAGCAAGGUGCUUAUUAAACUGAUGCGUGUCCUAUGGCUUUUCUGGAAUGCAGGAAGGGAAGACUGGGAGACUAAUCGACUGCUGCGCACACCAAGUUCUGCAGGGAUGGCGAGUUCUCUUCCUUUGGAAACUGUGAUGUCCUGUCCAAGGCACGAGACCAGGAGUGUUACUUCCACCGCCCCAAAGGCGCUGGCCUUCUCUAUUGAACGAAUUAUGUCAAAGACUUCCGAUACAAAAAGUUCCUUGGAAGAAAGACAUGGUCUGGGGAAUUCAGAUGUAAAGAAGAUGGUCAGUCUUUGCUCACCUAUACCCUGCAUGAUUCCCAUUCAGCCUUUGAGUUACGACCCUCAAACCAAGGCGCUGAUGAACUAUUCCGAAUUCUGGAAAGCAAACUUAAGGGGAACGAUUUGCGGUUCACCCGCAAUGUGCACAUCGAGCUGUGGCUUGUGUUGUAAAAACGACCCAAGUUUUGUGCAUUCACUAUUGCCAAACAGCAGGGUUAUCAAGCCUCAAGUAAUUCACCAAACAGUAACAAUGCCAGCUAACGGAUCUCUAUAUUAUUUUAACUAUUUGGACUCCUCGUAUCACCCAUCCGAUCUUUUAAGAGGACAUGUAUUCCCUUCCACCGUUGUCAGUUCCCAGUCACAAACUUCAUUUUCUGCUCACCAGAAAUUACUUUUGUUGGAGAAUGCGAAAUUUGCCAGUUUGACAGCGGAGACGUUUCCUACACCCCAGUUUCCACAUAAAGAACACCUACCGGGACAGUUAGACCAGAUUGUGAAGGAAAACAACAGUUUGACAUCAGAAAAGAACGGCGUGAAACCGCACACUAAACUGAGCAACUCUUCUGAUGGAAAAUCUAAAAAUUUCACUUGCGAAGUGUGUGGCAAGGUGUUUAACGCACAUUACAAUUUAACACGUCACAUGCCGGUACACACAGGAGCCAGACCGUUUGUGUGUAAAGUCUGUGGGAAAGGGUUUCGCCAAGCCAGCACUUUGUGUAGGCACAAAAUUAUUCACACACAGGAAAAACCACAUAAAUGUAAUCAAUGCGGGAAAGCCUUUAACCGAAGCUCAACAUUAAAUACGCAUAUACGGAUUCACGCUGGAUACAAACCAUUCGUAUGCGAAUUUUGUGGAAAGGGCUUUCACCAAAAAGGAAACUACAAGAAUCACAAACUGACGCACAGCGGCGAAAAGCAGUUCAAAUGUACAAUUUGCAACAAAGCCUUUCAUCAGAUUUAUAAUCUGACUUUUCAUAUGCAUACUCACAACGAUAAGAAGCCGUUUACUUGUGUAACCUGCGGGAAAGGGUUCUGUCGAAACUUUGAUUUGAAGAAGCAUAUAAGAAAACUGCAUGAUAACAACACCUCCACUUCUGUUCCAAGAGCGGUGCAAGGCUGAAUUUGUCUCAAAACACGUAAAAUGGACAUGAUACAUAUAUGGACAAAGCUUUCGUGUAGUUUAUUAAAUAUGUCUAAAUGACUACAACGCAGGAAACACUUGAAAUGCCAGAUCAUCUUAAAUACUUUGUAUUUUAGGCCAAGACACGUACGUUGUAUUGUCAUGUAUAUAUCACAUUGUGUAAAUUGUUAUUAUUUAAAUCAAGUUGUAUCACAUUUCUAUGUUUUGUAAUGUAGUACUUGUUUCUAAG